CGUCUAUCCGGCUAUAUAACAAAGUGUGUGUACCGAAAGGGCAUCUGGUGGAGGGAACGACUUCGGUGAAUGGAUAGGAAAAGAUUCUUCACCUUUUGUUUGCAAGCAAGUAUUGUUCUUCCUUUCCUACCAUCUCUUAAUUCAAACAAGAAAUAUGUCUAAACUAUUACAAGGAAACUUUUCUCACGUCAUCAAUGGCAAAUCUUAUGAUGCCAAAGGUGCAAAAACAUUGGACGUAAUCGAUCCCGCAACCGAAAAGCCAAUCGCUCAAGUUCCAAUCGCAACACGUCAAGUAUUGGACGAAGCAGUUGAUCAUGCACAAAAAGCAUUUAACACAUGGUCAAGAACAUCAUGGGCAGAACGUGCAAAGCUUGUUAAAGCAGUAGGGAAGGAAUACAAAGACCUCAGUGAUGAUAUCGCUCAUCUUUUGGUAAAAGAACAAGGUAAAUCUAUGCCUUUUGCACAAGGUGAAGUUAAUCUCGUUCAUGAAUGGUUCGAUCGUAUGCCUGAUAUGGAAAUCAAAGAACAAGUUGUUUAUGAAACUGAUAAAGCAAGAGCUAUUGAACAAUACGUUCCUCUUGGUGUUUCUGCCGGAAUUGUUCCAUGGAAUUUCCCAGUCUUGUUGAUGUGUUGGAAAAUCAUCCCUGCCAUCUUGACAGGUAACACAAUCAUCAUCAAGCCAUCUCCAUUCACACCUUUGUGCGAUGUGAGAAUCGUUGAGUUGUUCAACAAACAUUUGCCUCCAGGUGUUGUGCAAAUUGUUUUGGGUGAUGAUAGCUUGGGUCCAUGGAUUACUGAACAUCCAAAGAUCCGUAAGAUUUCAUUCACCGGUUCAACAGCAACUGGAAAACUCGUUGCAAAGAGUUGCUCUGCCACUUUGAAAAGAUUCACUUUGGAAUUGGGUGGAAAUGAUGCUUGCGUCGUUUUACCCGAUGUGAAUAUCGAAAAAGCAGCUCCAAACGUACUUUUGAGCGCUAUGUUCAAUACCGGUCAAGUUUGCCAUGCUGCCAAACGUAUCUUUAUUCAUGAAGAUAUUUAUGAUAAAUUUUCAAAAGCAUUGGCAGAUGUUGCCAAACAAUCUGGCGUUGGACCAGGUGACAAAGAAGGCGUCAUGUAUGGACCGUUGAACAACAAGAUGCAAUUCGAAAAAGUAAGCGAAUUCUUCGCACAAUCUCAAUCUGAAGGUCAUAACUUCCUUACAGGUGGUCAAAUCACAAAAGGAACAGGUUAUUUCGCACCCUUAACUUUGGUAGAUCAACCACCAGAAAAUAGUAGAUUGGUACAAGAAGAACCUUUUGGACCAAUCGUACCACUUUUGAAAUGGAAAGAUGAUGAAGAUGUUUUGAAACGUGUAAAUGAUUCUUCUUGGGGAUUAGGUGCAACGAUUUGGGGAUCCGAUUUGGAACGUGUUGAGAAAUUGGCCCGUGGUGUCGAAGCAGGUGUUGUAUGGACAAACCAAGCAAUGGAACAACAUCCUGAAGUACCUUUUGGCGGCUUCAAGUCAAGCGGUAUUGGUGCCGAAAAUGGUGUUGCAGGUAUGAAGGGAUGGUGCCAAGUUCGCAGUAUCUAUCUUCAAAAGUCAAAGGUUUAAUUGUGUUGGAUGAUAUCUCUAUAUGCUAAUGAUAUGCUCUAUGAUCCUGAGAACUGU